AUGGCCUUUCAUGAAGCGGGGAAUGGACAUCGUUUGCCCUCUUCCAUGGGAACAAGUACUGGGGCUACUCCAUUCUCAUUGGUUUAUGGCGUUGAAGCUCUAAUACCGGUCAAAGUCAGGGAUCCAAGUAUCAGAUUCCAAUAUGCAAUAAAGGAAUCAAAUGACGAGGCCAUGAAUACGAUCUUGGAACUAUUGGAUGCAAGUUAUGAAGCUGCCCUUGUUCAAUUGGCUGCUCAAAAGCAACAGAUCGAGAGAUAUUACAGUCGAAGGGCCAAUCUUCGAUACUUCAAUAUUGGGGACUUAGUAAUAAGGAAGGUCAAACUAAACACCUGGAAUCCGAAUGAAGGAAAGUUGGGUCCAAACUCGGAAGGACCGUACCGAAAAAGGAUCCUAUAA